CUUUCGCCCUCAGUCUCACUCUUCACAACUCACACGAGCCAGAGGCAGUCACUACCCAGCGCCACUACGCCUCCUCCGGGGACUGAGCCAAGCUCGCCGCCGUCGUCCAGACCGGCGGUUGUAUGUUGUCGCCUUGCCUACACGGUUUAACUUUCAAUGACAUGAUUUUCCAAUUUUCUGUUAGUUUCGUAGCAGUACCAUAUCUUCUGGUGGGUGUUCACGAAAUAUACCAUCAAACUUAGAUUUAGCCUUUCGAAUAUGCAGUCUCCUAUUACGAAAUGCAAGGAGGACUUGGACCAAAUCAGUAAAUUACUAGAUGAAAUACUGGAAUCAAUUAUAUCUCUGUUGUCAGUGAGUGAAGCGGCAAGAACAACAGCACUUUCUCGGCGAUGGAGAAAUUUGUGGACGAAGACCAUUAUGUUUAGCCCGAGGUUGGUAUUUUAUGAUGGAGUGAAAUUUAGGUUUGCAAAUCGAAGCAAGUGUGAAAAGUUCAUAAAUGUGGUGAAUCAGGUAAUGAAAUUGCAUGAGGCACCAACUCUUGAUGAGUUGACAAUUGGUUUUGGUCUGCUUAAAAAAUUCUCUAACAGUCUGAAUGAAUGGGUUGAAUUUGCUGCCAAAAAAGAAGUCAAAAAACUCAAGUUGGAACUUUUUCCCACUCAGAUUAAUCCUGAUGGUAGUGACUAUAAUAAUUGCCAGUUCAGCAGCACCAACAGGAGAUUGUAUUGGCCGAGACUGAGGGAUUGUCAUUUGAGUAAAGUAAAUGUGGGUACAAACGAUAUUAAGUGCUUAUUGUCCAACUCUCCACUUCUUGAACGUCUUUGUGUGAGACACUCAGACAGUAUCAUAAAUCUCAAAGUUGCAAAAGCUCCCAAUUUGAAAUACUUGGAGAUACGCGAAUGCAAUGGACUGGAGGACCUCGACAUCUUGGCCCCAAAUCUCAAAGACUUUAUUAUAUCUUGUGAUCGUGACCGAAAUAUGGGUCCUUUCCGUAACUUUAGGAUAUCUACCCCAAACCUUGUAUCACUUACAUUUUAUGGAGCAGUUGGGAGCCAUAGUCCUAUGGUGUUUAUGGAUUUUCUGCCUCAUGCUCUUUCCCAUGUAUCUGUUGGCCUCAUAGACCCACUUGAGUCUGCUCCUAAUUUUAGUCGUUUUCAGUUGCUACUUGCUCAUUUCCCUUAUGUCGAAAGACUUAGGUUGGAUAUGGAGAUGAAGGUGAUUGAGGAAAUUGCCAAAACCAGUGACAUCUCCCAGCAACAAUUUAUUCACUUGACUAAUCUUGAGCAUAUGGAGAUGUCAAUGGAAUGUCCACAUUUCCCAGUAUCUUUGCUGUGGCUCUGUUCCUUAGUAAAGGCAGCCCCUUUCUUGCAUAGUUUGUCAAUCAAGCUCUUCUACCUAGAAGAUGACCUAGAUGAUGACCUAGAAGAUGAAAUUCCAGAGAAAGGAUACAGCUUCUAUGAUUCUAAAUUCAUUGACUUAGAGUGGAAGGAUGAAGAUAUCCCUAACCAAGUGGAGGCUAACAUUAGGCGCUUGCAUAAAUAUUUGAAAGUGGUUGAGUUGUUUGGUUUUGUUGGUUUUAGACAUCAAGUUGAGCUGGUCUUGCAUUUGGCUGAGAUUGCAGAGUCACUUGAGAAAAUAACAAUCGAUAUUCGCCCUCCAAGCAACUAUUGGGAAGAUAGCCUUUUGAAGUUCAAUGAAAAUCACAGUGAAGAAUCUAGUCGAGCCUGUGCCGAGCUAUUAAAAACUCAAAUACGUCCUGAAAUUGAUGUAAUUAUAGUUUAAUGUUAAAUUAGGAGAUAAAACAAAACAAAAAAAGUUAUAGUUUAACUUCAAAAAAUCAUGAGACAGAUGGAAUUGUAGUUUUACUAUUUCAAUGCAUAUUUACAUUUAGAAA